AUGGCGGAGAUCAAGAUCGACGGAAAGCUCUUUCAUGAGCGUAUCUCGCACUUGACGAGCGCCUGGAAAAAUGACAACCUGCGUAACCGCGACAACGACGAGGGCGGCAUCUUUCGCAAUGCCUCCUCUAUCCUCAUUAUGAUGGGCAAGGUUGAGCAGGUCCCGGAACUGCAUAAAAACAAUGCCAUGCAUUUUUGGCUUCUCGGCUACGAGUUCCCGACUACUUUGAUGCUUAUCCUACUCGACACCGUCUACAUCGUCACAACCGCCAAAAAAGCCAAGCAUCUCGAACCCCUCAAGGACGGUCGUUUUCCAGUAAAGAUACUCGUUCGCGGCAAGGAUACAGAGGAAAACGAGAAGAUUUGGACUGAGAUUACCUCGGCCAUCAAAAAUGCGGGCUCCAAGGUCGGCGUCCUCCCCAAGGACACUUCAAAGGGCCCCUUCGUCGACGAAUGGAAGAAGACUUUCGCCGAGCAGUGCAAAGGCAUUGAGGAAGUCGACAUCACACAGGCCCUCUCCACCGCUGCCUUCUCCAUCAAGGACGAAUCGGAAUUGCGAGCCAUGCGGACUGCCUCCAAGGCAUGUGUCGGCCUCAUGACGCCUUUCCUCCUCGAGGAGAUCACCGACAUCGUGGACAAUGACAAGAAGGUCAAACAUAGCGCCCUGACCGACAAGGUCGACAAGAAGCUUGACGAGCAGGGUUGGUGGAAGACGGUGAAACUGCCCAACGGGACCCGGCUGCCUUCCGAUCUUGAUCCCACCCAGCUGGAUUGGGUCAUGGGCCCAACUGUACAGAGCGGCGGUCAAUAUGAUCUCCGCAUGGGCGUGGAGAGCAACGACGAGAACCUCCACCCCGGCAUCAUCAUCGCCAACAUGGGCCUGCGCUACAAGUCGUACUGCUCGGCCAUUGCGCGUACCUAUCUCAUGGACCCCAACAAAUCCCAGGAGAGCACCUACAGGCUCCUGCUCAACAUCCACAACUUGAUCAUCAAGGAGAUCAGGGACGGCGUCAUCGCUAGGGACGUCUACGCCAAGGCCCUGGGCCUGAUUAGGGCCAAGAAGCCCGAUCUCGAGAAGCAUUUCCUCAAAAAUGUCGGCUACGGUAUCGGCCUCGAGAACCGCGACUCGACUCUGCUCAUCAGCGCCAAGAACACGAGGACUCUGAAGGAUGGCAUGACUUUGGUCGUGACCACGGGCUUCACCGACGUCGAAAACCCGCAGCCCCAAGAUAAGUAUAGCAAGAAGUACUCGAUGCUCCUCACUGACACGAUUCGCGUCACCUCGGCCGACGCUGUCGUCUUUACCGGCGAGUCGCCCACCACCGCCGACGCCUGCUCUUUCUUUUUCGAGGGCGAGGAAGAGGCCGUGGCGACUCCCAAGAAGGAGAAGAAGGACUCCCGCGUGGGAGCCGUUGCCACGAAGAACAUCACCUCCACGAGAUUGCGAUCGGAGCGGAACGCGCAGCCCGACGAGGCUGCGGAACAGAGACGCCGAGAACACCAGAAGGAGCUUGCUGCGAAGAAGCAGAAGGAAGGGUUGAAGCGGUUCGCCGAGUCGACCGGGGCAAAGAACGGCACCGAAGUGAAGAAGUUCAAGCGCUUCGAGUCGUACAAGCGCGACAACCAGCUUCCCCCCAAGGUGCGGGAUCUGUCCGUCGUGGUGGAUACCAAGAACAACACCGUCGUGCUUCCGGUCAUGGGCCGCCCCGUUCCCUUCCACAUCAACACCAUUAAGAACGCGAGCAAGAGCGACGAGGGCGAAUGGUCGUUUUUGCGUGUCAACUUCCUCUCCCCGGGCCAGGGCGUGGGUCGGAAGGAUGACCAGCCUUUUGAGGAUGCCACCGCCCACUUCCUCCGAAGCCUGACUUUCCGCUCCACCGAUGGAGAUAGGUACGAGGAAAUCGCCCUUCAGAUUUCAAACAUGAAGCGUGAUGUGGUCAAGAAGGAGCAAGAGAAGAAGGAGAUGGAGGAUGUUGUGGAGCAGGACAAGCUGGUCGAGAUCAGGAAUCGUCGACCGGCUGUGCUCGAUAACGUCUUUAUUCGCCCAGCAACCGAAGGCAAGCGGGUUCCCGGCAAGGUGGAAAUCCAUCAGAAUGGUAUCCGCUACACCUCGCCUCUCCACGGCAGCCAGCGGGUUGAUAUUCUCUUCUCCAACGUCCGCCAUCUCUUCUUCCAGCCUUGCCAACACGAGUUGAUCGUGAUAAUACACAUUCACCUGAAGGACCACAUUGUAUGGGGCAACAAGAAGAAGACCAAGGAUAUCCAGUUCUACCGAGAGGCAACGGACAUCCAAUUCGACGAGACGGGCAACCGGAAGCGAAAGUACCGAUACGGAGACGAGGACGAGUUCGAACAAGAACAGGAGGAACGUCGCAGGAGAGCCGAGCUGGAUCGCCUCUUCCAGGGCUUCGCCCAGAAGAUCGCCGAGGCGGGCAAGAACGAGGGCAUCGAAGUCGACAUGCCGCUGCGCGACCUCGGUUUCCACGGCGUCCCGUUCCGGAGCAACGUCUUCAUCCAGCCGACCACGGACUGUCUGAUGCAGGUGGUCGAGCCCCCGUUCAUGGUCAUCACGCUCGAAGACAUCGAGAUUGUACACCUGGAACGUGUCCAAUUCGGGCUCAAGAACUUUGACCUCGUCGUCGUAUUCAAGGACUUCAGCCGCAUACCAUACCACAUCAACACGAUCCCCGUGGAGUACUUGGACGCGGUCAAAGAAUUCAUCGACUCGUCCGACAUCCCUUACUCUGAGGGACCGCUCAACCUCAACUGGCCGACCAUCAUGAAGACGGUCACGGCCGACCCGCACCAGUUCUUCCUGGACGGCGGCUGGUCGUUCCUGCAAGCCGAGUCGGACGAAGAAGACGCCGAGGAGGAGGACGAGGAGAGCAACUUUGAGAUUGACGACGACGAGAUGGACGAGGCGUCCGAGUCGAGCGAGGAGGACUCGGACUUUGGCUCCAAUGUCUCGGACGAGGACGAUGAAGACGAGGCCGAGAUGAGUGACGAGGACGAAGGCGAGGACUGGGAUGAGCUCGAGGCCAAGGCCAAGAAGCGGGAUCGGGAAAGCGGCCUGAAUGAGGACGAGGGCCGGAGCAAGAAGAAGCGCAAGCACUAG